AUGACCCUAGCUCAAGGUUGUGAUAACAAGACAGCUGUCCUUCUCUCUGAUUUAGAUGUUCCAGUCUCUUCCUUGCGCAAGGGCUGUGUUGAUUUCGAGUUCAUUAAUAGGUAAUCUUGCUCCCGGCAAUACCCUCACACUGACUCGAAAGUUGUCUCCGGACCAAGGUUGCUGAAUACAUCUCGCUUAAGUCUUACAAUUGCUCAAGAUAGAACCAGAAAGGCUUCACCACAGAAAAGAUUAUCUGAAUGACAGGUUGGUGUCUCAGUGAAGUCACGCCUGAGUAAUCACAUAUUUUUCUACAAGCAGAAGAAAUGAGGCCUGAUAGCACUUCUCAAAUAAUGAGACUCCUAGGGCAGACACGCAUUCCUUCAUUUGAAAAUAUCAGUAAUCUCUCCAUGAACAGUGACUGCACCCAGGUUGUAGUACCAGAAGAAGUCUUUUUCACAAUUGCCAUUGCUGGAAUACUGGAGAACCUACUUGUCCUUAUAGCUGUGAUCAAGAAUAAGAAUCUCCACUUGCCCAUGUACUUGUUUAUCUGUAGUUUAUCAGUUUCAGAUAUGUUGGUCAGUCUGUACAAAACUUUGGAGAACACCUUGAUCAUCUUAUGCAAAAUGGGGUAUCUGACACCUCGAGGAGACUUGGAGACCAAGAUAGAUGAUGUCAUGGAUUCUUUAUUUGUUCUGUCUUUGCUGGGGUCAGUUUUCAGCUUGUUAGCCAUUGCAGCUGACCGAUACAUAACUAUAUUUUUUGCAUUACAGUAUCAUAACAUCAUGACACUGAAUCGUGCUUUAAUCAUCCUGGCAGUAAUUUGGGCAUUCUGUGCGGGGAGUGGCAUUGCUAUGACCAUCUUCUCCCAUGAAACAGCUACGGUCAUUUCCUUCACUAUUCUGUUUCCUUUUAUGUUAAUUUUUAUAUUUUGCCUCUAUAUCCACAUGUUCUUGCUUGCACGAUCUCAUGCCAAAAAGAUCGCUUCACUGCCUACCAGUGCAGGUCCCCAGAGAGUUAACUUGAAAGGAGCUAUUACAUUAACUAUUUUCUUUGGUGUUUUCCUUUGCUGUUGGGGACCCUUUCUUCUUCACAUCCUCCUCAUGAAAUUUUGCCCACUUAACCCUUACUGUGCUUGCUACAUGACCAUUUUCCAUGUGAAUGCUACACUCAUCUUGUGCAAUGGCAUCAUUGACCCUAUGAUUUAUGCAUUCCGAAGUCCAGAAUUACGGAGUACACUGAAGAAGAUGUUCUAUUGCACCAGGUCAGACUGGAAUUAGUGAAUACCAAAUUUGAAAAAUGUUUGUAAAAUUAAGCCUACAGUGCCAUGCAUAAUACUGGUAAGAAUUAUAGACACUAAGUAAGACCAGAAUUCUACAAAAAACGUACACAUAGUCUUAACUUAAUACACUUUGGGUAGUCCCACUGACCUCAGUAGGACUAUGAAUUCAGCCUGCAACAGGUGCAGAAGGGCUGAUCAUGGGAAUGGAGAGCAUGUGUUCCAUCUUAAAAGUAAUAAAAAUCUUAACCAACUGCUUAACUGAGAAAAUGUACUAAAUUUAACCCUGCAGUGACUCCUUUACAGUACAUAGAGAUGCACCACAGAGUUUAGGCCACUGAAUAUUGUAUCAGUGCUUUCAAUUCAAGGAGAAAAUACUAUAAAACUCUUCUGGUGAACUAACUGGGAAAUUAGCUUUACAUUUUUUUCUAAACUGCUUUAUUAUUAUGUUUUCAGAAUAAGAAAAUAUUUAUUGUGAACCAAUACACACAGAUAUGGCUGGGUGUUGGCUGGUUUGAUCUUCUUGUUUUUACAUAUAGCUAAUUUCAAAAGAGACAAGCACGUUUUUUUUUAAAGUGUCAAAAAUGUCAUUAGGAGGCUGAUGCCAAGCAGGAGAUAUUUUUGAUCCAAAAGACAUUUUUAGACAAAGUUUUAUAGUAAUUGGAAACAGGGACUAAGAUUACAUGUGUUAUUAAAUUGUUAACUGAAGUAUAAUGUCACAGUCACAUCACUAUAAUACUGUUAUUCUGGAGGGUGUUAAUGGCUGUCAUCAAUUGCAGACUGGUUAAAGCUGAUAGGUGUACUAAUCACUCUUCUUUCAGGCUAAUUGGACUUCAUGCGCAUUCUUUAUAAAUAAACAAGACUGCACCAAAGAAAUAAGUAAUUCAUGUAAUCAAUUUCUCCUCCUAAUAGAAAGAACUCAGCAAGGCCCCAAAUCUUGGCUAACUGCUUGAGCUAAAGGGGUAACUCUGGUGCCAGUAGUUGGAUAAAGUCUCUAUGGAGGGAAAUUGUGAGCUGAUAUUUUGGUUGAAGUAAACUGGAACAAAUGAGAGGUGCUCAUAGAAAUCAAAGAUGACCAAAUGGAAUUAAAAGCAGGACCAAAAACAAGAAUUAAACAAAAGCUGGAGAUUUCACAAAAGGAAUUAAAGAAAUAUCUGGAGGUUUCCUGGGAGUGACUGAAACUCUCUAAUCACAAAACUCUCUGUCUGGAUUAGUUAGAUGACCAGCAACCUUGGUCUAACUACCUUGUACCGGGAAAUAAUGGUGAGCAAGAAAGCUUUGGACAACUUGGAACUUGCUAACAAUGAUGAGCUGCAGCAAGAACUUAAGGAGCUAAAAAAUAAUCUGGAGGAGGAAUUCAAAGAAUCACAGACCAUAGUGGGAGUAGGGAAGUAAUUCCCGAUCCAUUCUUUCUGGGUGGGGAAUUGGACCAGCCAUAAAACCUGUGUAAGAUUGGACAUUUACAGUAUCUAACCUGUUUAUAACCCACGCAGGCCCAGAUAGAAUAGGUGGGAUUCCUCUCAUAAAUAGUAGGCUUUUGUAUUAUUUCAGAAAGGGAAAAGUUCCCUAAAAGAGGCUUAUUUGGCUCAGUUCAUCAUCAUAGCCUAAAUGAAUGCUGUGAAGAUGGACAAAAGGCAGGGUUCCAGGCAGAAGGUGGCCCAGCACUGAUGGUACUGCAGAACUUACCCCUAGAAAAGAGAUUACUUGAUCCAGAUCUGGUACAAGCUCUUGAUAUGCAGUUCAGAGGUAGCUAUCAAUCUGAGAUGGCCAGGACACAGCUAAGAGCUAGAAGGAGAAGGAAAGAAGAGACCCUAUCUGAACUGGCAGAGGAACUCAGGGAACCUGUACUCCUGUCAUAUCUGCAAAAAUCAGUGAUGAGUUAAUUAAUAGAUGCAUACUUGGCCUGGGACUUGAAGAUCAAGAUCAGAGAAAGGAGGCCAAAGACCCUUGGACUGUGAGAUUUGCCUCAGAACUUGAACCUUUCCUUACAGCAGUCCAACAGAAGAAGCAGCAGCCACCAAUGAGAUCCACCAGGAGCCUUGUGGGUACAGAUUUAUAUCUACUAUGUAUGAUCAAAAAGGGAAUCCUAAUGUGGUUCAUGACAUUCUUGAACAGUUGGAAAAAUUGUUAAAUUUGGUUUGUAAAACAAGGGAAAUUGGCAAUAAUAUAAAACUUAAGGGAAGCAGUUUAGUUAAAUGCUGGUACAUAAAUAAAUUGGCUACAAAACCUUGAUAAGAAUCCUUUAAAAUGAUUUCAUUUUCUAUAGUCCAGAUAGCAGUAUCAGAUUCUAUUACCAUGAAUAGAUGAUACCCUAGAUGCUGUAACAGGUUCAGUCUGGUUUUCCAUACUGUAUAUUAAAAGUGGGUAUUGGCAAGUGAAAGCAGAGGCAAAAGACAGGGGAAAACUGCUUUCAUAGAGGACAAGGCCUGUGACAAUCUAAAGGAAUGGCUUGUGUAAUGUGCUGGCCACGUUUGAGAGGCUAUGGAGUGGAUACUGCAUGGAAUGCCUCUCAGCCUGAUUGCUAUGAUAUCUUAGUGCAUGCUAAAACCUUUGAACUUUUGAUACAUCUACCAGUGGUCUGAAGCUGAACCCAAAGAAAUCUGAGUUGUUCCAAAGAGAGGUAAUCAACCUCAAGCACACACUCAUUGGAGGGAAUUUCCAUUGACAAAAUGAAAGUGGAGGCUGUGCAGAACUAGCUACUUCCCCAGACACUCUCAGAUAUGCAGAGUUUUGUAAAAUAGGUUUAUUUGGGGGGUUGCCAAUCUUGUGGAACCAUUGCAUAGGUUGAGCAAGAAAGGGAAACCAUUUCAGUGGCCAAGUAUGAUUUAGUGGUUUUAGAUUUGAAAAGAGCUCUUUUUACUGCUCCUGUCUUAGCAUACCCAUGGUCACUGCUGCUAGUGCUUACGCAUUGGGGCAAUAUUGACAUAUAUCUUCUCAGAUGAUCCAUUAGAGAGCUAGCAUCUCAGCUUGGUUGCCCACAAAAACUGACAAUGUGGCUUUGGAAGCUGAGGAAAAGUUGUGACUACAGCAAAUUCCACAUUAGAAGAGAAUGGACGAAGUCUGUCCCAAGGAUCAGAUUCCACAGAAACAAUACACGCUCAUCAGGAGCCCACUGAAAGUGGCUCCUCCUGCUUGUCUGUAUAGUAUCUUACUCAUGAGCUUACAAGUAUCAGGAUAAAGCCUUUAUCGUGAACAGGAACUAUGUACAGAAAUGAGCUAACUUCCCACUGCUCUGUGUAGCUUCAGCCUGAGAUUGCCCUAUCUCAUAGACUUUAUUCCCGAGAGCUGCGGGGGGCCAUGCCUGCGGACGGUCAAUGUCAGCAAAAUGUCUCAUGACCCACAAUCAGAUUACCCUGAUGCUUUAAGGCCAGAAGGGACCAUCUUAAUCAUCUAGUCUUGACCUCUCCUGGAUUUCUUUCUUUCUGCCCCAGUGGAAAAUGUGUCAUUUGGGAAACCAAAGACUACAUGAAGCAUAUGCAGGAAGUACGGCAUUGCUACACUUCUUGGAGGACUUACCCUAUAGCACAGAUGGAAAGGCAGUGGGGUAGAGAGAGAAAAGCUCCACAGAGAUUUGGAUGGGAGUCAAAUUGAUUUGUGUUGGUGAUUUGAAAAGGUCCAGACCGGGGGAUCGUUGGGGGGUGUGGGCAUUAGCAUGGUACUGAUGAGAAAGGUGGCGGUCUAGUUCCAGACCUCCUCUCUACCCACAUAUCAAUUUUUCUCUGAUUAAUUUCCUAGCAAACUGGCAAUAAGUUUCUGUCAUAGAAGUUUCAAUUAAUCCCGUGGAUACGCUUCAAACUGUUGAAUAUGGAUUCCAAUGAAAAAAUGAGGGGCAACAAAAGACCUUAGACUGAAUCACCCAAGCAGUUGAAGGGGGAGGACCACAAGGCCUCUGCAGAACCUAGCACAGGAUAUUGUGACACUGAAAGAGUUCCUCACAGACUGACUGAAUUCAAUCUCAAAAGACAUUUGUGGCCUCUCUAAAAAUAUAUGUGAUGUAAAAUCCCAAAUGGGUCACUUGGAAAAUGAGCUACAAAAGAAUGCCAUUGAAACCAGUGAAAUUAAAGAAGAAACUGCCUUCUUAAAGCUGAGACUAGACAAACUGGAAGAAAAAUGGGAUGACUUAGAAAACAGAUCUCAAAGAAAAACCCUUUGCUUCCUGGGUAUUGGUGAGGUCUAGAGGAGAAGGAUAUCAUUAGCUUUCUUCAGAAAUUGCUCCCUGACAUAUUUAAUUUGGACCUCCAGCAGCCCCCAUUUAGUAUUGAAAGGGCACAUCAAAUACCUUUUGCUAGAAGACUGGAGACUGACAAGCCCAGACCCAUUAUCUUCAAGCUGCUGAAGUUCAGUGUUUGAGUAAGGUUAAUGGAAGCUUCCAGAAAAUCUGAAACCAUUAUGUACAAGGCCACAAAGUUUCUCUUUCUUCUGACUUCUCAGCUAAGCUCAAAAAAAGAAGGCUGCAUUCAAUGGCAUAAAGCAAAUCCUGAGGGAGACCAACAUCAGAUACAGCAAGUACCCAACCACCUUCACUAUGGAUUUAGCAGGCUCGAAAGAUUUUGCAAAUCCUCCUCUAAAGCUUGGCAGACACUCCAAACACUAAGGUCUGGUCUACACUGGGCCGGGGGGGAAAUCGACCUAAAAUACACAACUUCAGCUACGAGAAUAGUGUAGCGGAAGUCAACGUACCUUAGUUCGACUUACCUUGCGUCCUCACAGCGCAGGGUCUAUUGGCCCAGCUCCUCCAUUGACUUUGCUUCCGCCUCUUGCCAAGCUGGAGUUCAGCAGUCGACGGGAGAGCAAUCGGGGAUCAAUUUAUCGCGUCUACAUUACACUACACGCAAUAAAUCGGUCCCUGAUAGAUCGAUCGCUACCCGCCAAUCCAGCGGGUAGCGUAGAUGUACCCUAAGAGCAGGUUUGACUAAAAGUAGCAGAAUGGGUUUUUUUAUCAUAAAAUGCAUACCUCAACAAGUUUAAAAAUGGGUUUGUUUUCCUGUAUAUCUUUGUAAAUAUGGUAAUAUUCACUUAUAUAAUCUUCCAACACCUAGCAGAUAACCAGCUAAGCUGAAUUCUUCUCUUGAUUUCCUUUGGAACUGAGCAAUAACAUCAUGUGCAUAGCACUACAAUGCAUAGAUUUAACACUAAGCUGGAGGACAGAGCACCAUCUACUGAUUGAAGUAUUAUCUGCACAAAUGAACACAACUAGCACUGCUAGAUAGAAUCUCUUCACUAGCUCAGCCACCGGUGGAUUGUGUUAUGGUAACCACAAGUCCCUUGGAACAGUAAAUUCUCUUGACAUGUAAAGUAGAUGGGCACCUAAAUCUUAAAUGGCACUAGUUAUUCAAUUUGUGCAGGGCAUUUGACAUACUAUGAAUAUGAAAUGUAUUUUCCAUAUUUAGAUUUUGUACUAAUUUAUAUUUUUUUGUCAAAUCAAUUGUAAAUUUACAUGUUCUGAGUCUGUGUGUAUAUGAUAUACAUAUGUGUAUGUAUGUAUACAUGAAAACUUCUGUAUGUAGGAAUAUAUUAUGUGUGUUCUUAGAAUACCCAAUGUUAUUUACAGAGUAAUAUUUGACUUAAAAUACAUUUCCAUUUAGAGAUGUUUAGACUAUUAUUAGAUAACAUAGGGAGGGGAGGAGCAGAUGGCAUUGAAGCAAUCAGAGAUCUGAAUGUGCCCACACUGGCUUGUUUUAAGUCUGUUAUUUUUGUUUUGUUUUCUCUUAUAAAUAUACUUUGGAAGUUGCAUGAUAUUUAACUAUAAGUCUUUUUAUAUACCUGACACCCUAAAAGGCCCAAUUGAAGGCAUAAAUUCAUUCAGAACUAACCAUUAUCUAAUAUACAUAAAUAUGGACCAUGUCCUAGAGGUGUGAUUUUUACAACAUAAAUGGGGAAAUGUGUCUUUAGAAUAAGGUGAUCUUUUAAAACUAUGCCAUGAUUUUUCUUAAAAUGUGCUCCUGGUAUUUGAGGGGACUUAACUUUCCAAAAGAAUAAAAAUCCUGAGACACCUCAGAUCAAAAAAGUGUCAAGUAGCUUUAUCGCAGGAGUCUCAUCUACCAGAAAUAGAUGCGGAUAGAGUCAAGACAAUGUGGGUAGGUACAGUGUAUCAUUCAUCAUUUAAUUCUAAAAGCAGAGGCACAUCCAUCUUAAUUCAUAAAAGUAUAACUUUUCAAUAUAUAUAGUCUUGGUCUCAUCCUGAAGGAAGAUAUGUUCCUCUUGAAGGCUGUUUCAACUCAGAAAGGUUAAUUCUAGAAAGCAUUUACAAUCCACAUGGAGGUAAUUCUGAAUUUUCCAAAACCAUUGCAGACAUUCUUUCUAAUUAAAAAAAAAAUCCUGUAAUUCUGGGAGGCAAUCAGAAUACUACGCUAGAUAGACAUCUGGACAAACCCAAUUACAUGAGAGCCAGCUCUCAAAGUACAAUAGACCAACCCUCAUUAUUAAAGAAAGAACUUGGUUUAAAGGGUAUAGAGAGAUUCAGACACCCAAGGAGCAUGGCUGGACAUAUUUCUCUAUAGUAUAUUCAUCUUACUCCAGAAUUGAUAAUUCUGCUCCAGAAUUGAAGCAAUUAUUGAUAAUAUAUGAAUUUCAGAGUAUGUUCCAGUUAUACUUACCAUAGACACUGAUUAUAUCUGAUUAAAGUCUUCUAGGUGGAAGCUGAACACCGCACUAAAAAUGCAAAUUUUUGUUCCCCAAUUGAUUGAGUCAUCUCUAACUUCAUUCAAGAAACCAAGCGCUCAGUUACCUCAAAUACCAUCUUCUGGGAAGCUCUGAAAGCUACUGAAAGGGGUGAAUGCAUAAAAUAUGCCUCCCAAAAGAAGAAAAAAAUUACUCAAGCUACUAGGUGCUAGCCAAGGAAAUAGAUUAGUUAUAGAGAAUGCACAAGACUGACACAGAUAAUGAAUACCUUCCACAUUCUCUAAUCAACACCAAAUAUAAAUAUAAUGAAUGCUUCUCCAGCCAAGUAGAAUUUAUACUCAAGAGGGUCAAACAAAGAUAUUCUGACAGGGUAGAUAAAGCAGGUAAACUACUUGCCAGAAGAUUUAAGAUGGAACUAGGUCACAACAAUAUUUCUUCCUUAUUACAAGAUGGCAUUGGCAUUCUUGAAGCAAUAGAUAUAAAUAAUCAAUUUAAGCAAUUCUGUUAAGCUUUAUACAAAUCAGACAACCAAUUUAAGUCUAUUAAAUUUGAUAAUUUCAUUGAAGGCCUACUUUUUUAUAUCCUAACUUCAGAACAAGUGCUGUUUAUGGACAAAGCUUUCACAAUACAUAAGAACAAUCAGGCUAUUAAAAAUAUGAAUUCCAGCAAGAGACAUAGCUUUCCAGCAGAUUUCUACAAAACAUUUUGUAAUUAUGCUUCUUCUAUGCUUUCAAAGGCCUUCAUUGAAACAUUCCAAAAAGGAACCAUGUCUGAUGACAUGAGAAUUGCUUUCAUUAAUAUUCAAAAACAACAAAGAUGAUUGCACUUGUAGUGACUUCCAUCUCAUAUUUCUAUUAAACAUAGAUUGCAAAAUGUUAGUGACACAACAGAACACCAUCAUCACCAAUUAUACACACACAUCAGCUUGCUUUCCUUAAAGGAUGAUUGGCUGCUGAUAAUAUGAGAAAUAUCACUCACUUGAUCCAGUAAGCUCAGAUGUCACAUGUUCCCUCCAUAGCUUUAUGUCUAGAUGCAAGAAGGUGUUUGAUAGAAUUGUAUGGCCUUACCUAAUGGCUGUCUUUAAAAAAAAUCAGAUUUGGACCAAUAUUCCUGAAUUGGACAGUCUAUUAUACAACUCUCUCCUUUCUUCACUAUCAACUAAUGGAAUUAUUUCUCCCACAUUUCAAGUAGAAAGAGGGUCAGGGCUGUCCCUUCUCACCCCUCCUUUUCAAUCUCUCUCGAGCCACCUACAAUGUACAUACGUCAGGACUCAGCCAUUGCACGUGUGACUAUAAAUAGGAAAGCAUACGCAAUCAGUGUAUAUGCAGAUGACAUUUUUGUACUUUUGUACUGUCCUCAUCAAUCCCAUCAUUACUGAAUGUAGCUGACAUUUUCUGAAAGAUCUCUGGUUUUUGCUUUAACUGGAAUAAAUCACAAGCAAUGAAUAUAUCCAAAAGACCAGAUCCUUCUCCGUUUCAGCAUUUUCCAUUUCCAUUUCAAAUAUGCAAGGAAAUAACUUAUUUAGGUAUUAAAAUUUGUCCUAAUCCUCUCAGAAAUGUUUCUAUAAAUAUGGACUAUAUAUAUAUAUCCUUGGAAUUUUCUUUAUAUAUAUAUAUAUAUAUAUUCCAAGGAUGUAGAGGAAUGGCAUUUCCUCCCUCUAUCCUUACUGAGGAGACUAGAAAUAGUCAAAAUGAAUAUCUGUCCAAGAAUGAUUUCUAUCGUUAGCCUAUUGCUUUUCCAGGUCUCUCCCUCACUCUUUGCUCUAAUAAAUUGGCUUAUCAUGCAAUUUUAAUGGGAUAAAGAACAACCACACUUGCCACACAAGACCCUUAAAAAAUCCUGGAGGGGGUUGCCAGAUUUGUAUAUAUUAUUGUAUUGUAUAUAUAUUGUAUAUAUAUUAUCUAGCAUUCCAAAUGUGUCCUAUUGUGAGAUGGUUCCCCUCUAGUAGCUCUGUAUACACCCUGGCCUGGUUUGAAAUUAAAAAAUGCUUAGUUAUGCCAUUUGGUUCCCUCUCUUCUUUUAUGUACCUAAAGAGGCUUCCCACACCUUUAAGGCAAAAUCAAAGCUUUGUAUCUACAAGGGGCAUCCUACAACACUUUCAGACGAUUGCAACAUCCAAUCUUACUAGUCUCUUCUUGUACCACAAUGGAACAACCCUAGGCCAACUCCACGCUUAAGACAAUUUGCAUAGAAAAAGGAUUACAAGAUGAUAGACUGUCCGCCUUCAAUUACAUGAGUAACAAAUACCAGCUUCCACUGUCUCACAGUUCCUUCUUUCAGCAACUAUGCUCAAGGAUUCAUGCAAGGAUUGGGGACCAUUGGUCUGUUUCAACUAUCUCACCUUUAGAAGAGCAUGUUCAGAAAUAGGAAAAAAAGACACUUGGUAGGAAUUACUUAUAGGUGGCUUAAUGCUUUGCAGUACCUUCUCCAUUUCCGUCUCAAAGAAAAAUGGGGAAAAAACUUAGCCUUAACGAUCACAACAGAAACCUGGGAGGAUGUCUGACUUAAUAUGAAAGAUACUUCAAGUUUUUUAUCCCUGUGAUUCUUCCAGAACAAGAUAUUUAAACGGGCACUACUGGACUCCAUAACAUUUGUAUAAGUCUAAGCAAUACGCAGCGAAUGUUGGAGAUGCAAACAGCCACAUGCCAACCUUUCACACAUCCUCUAUACUUGUCAAAAAAUGCAGGGCCGCCCAGAGUAGGGGGCCAAGAGGGGCAAUUUGCCCCAGGCCCUGGGCCCCACAGGGGCCCCCACAAGAGUUUUUC